AUGAAGAUCUCUGCGCUUCUCUCCAUGGCCAGCCUGGCCACUGCUUUUUCUGGCUCCCGUCACCACCACAACGGCACCAACUCUGACUCUUCCUUCGGCGUGGUUGCUGCUCGCUCUGGCUCGCCCAUCCACUUCCUGCCCAUGACUGCAUCUGAUAGCAAAUUCUGGCUCGGCGGUGCUAGCCGAACUUACUGUCCUACUCUUGUUCCCAACUGUGCUCAGCGCACUAACGAGACUGUCUUGUUCGGUGACCGUAGCCUGGACGUGAUUGUUCCCGGUGGUCAAGCAAUCUACGUUGACCGUACUGGCGCUCUUAGCUUCACCCGUCCUCACUCGGGCUACAUCCCUCCUGGCUCGUCUGUCCAAGGCUUCAAGGUCCACUAUUCUGGCCACACCCCCGGCACCUGGACCUUCAAGGGCCACGGUGCUUCGGGCUUCAUGGCUUGCCCGGCUCCCGCAAACGUUACUGCCUCAGCUGCCCGCCGUGUUCGUCGCCAGAGCACCGUGAUCAACGCACCCCGCUGGCAGAUCUUUGCGGCCAUGCCCAAUGCCACUGUCCCCACUGGCAACGUGAGCGAUUGUCUUGGCUUCGAGGCCUUGGCUGUCAAGUCCAAGAUGACCACUGAUCAGCUUGCCUGGGAGUACAUCUAA